AGAGAUUAGAGUGGGUGGGGAUGGAAUAUCCCUUUUUCCAGAGAACUGUUAUUUUGUAUAAUCAUCACCUUCUAUGGGAAGACACUGGAUUUCCAGGGUCAGAGUCCUUGCGGAAUCAUUCCUUUUGCCUAAUUUGGGAAGGUCGGAGCUGCUGGAUGGGAGCGCCCCCGCAGACCGGAUGAAGCCGCCGCGGGCACCAUGUCAUCAUGUGUCACUAGGCAGCCCGCCCCGGCCCCUUCGGAGCGGCCCGCGGCCCGGGAUGAGCCCCCAAAGCCCUGUGAGGCCCUGCACGGGCUCUCGUCGCUGAGCCUCCACCUGGGCAGCAUGGAGUCCUUCAUCGUGGUGACGGAGUGCGAGCCCGGCGGGGCCCAGGGCCAGGCCCGGCCGGAGGAGCAGAUGGAGCAGGGCGGGCCGCAGGAGGACGCUCUCCGGGCCCCCGCGGCCCCCGGGCCCCAGGCCCGGCCCCUCCUCUCUGGCCGCAAGCUGUCCCUGCAGGAGCGCUCGCAGGCCGCCCCCUCCCCGGGCGGCAGCGGGGGCGUCAACGGCCGCUUCAUCUACCCCUCUCUCCCCUACUCUCCCGUCAGCUCCCCCCAGUCCUCCCCGCGGCUGCCCCGCAGGCCCACCGUGGAGUCCCGGCACGUCUCCAUCACCGGGAUGCAGGAUUGUGUACAGCUUAAUCAGUAUACGCUGAAAGAUGAGAUUGGGAAGGGUUCCUAUGGAGUGGUCAAGCUGGCUUACAACGAAGACGACAAUACUUACUAUGCCAUGAAGGUGCUUUCCAAAAAGAAGCUGGUGCGGCAGGCGGGCUUUCCACGCCGUCCCCCGCCCCGUGGUACAAAACCUGCCUCGGAAGGCUGCAUCCAGCCCAAGGGCCCUAUUGAACAGGUCUACCAAGAGAUUGCUAUUCUCAAAAAGCUGGACCAUCCCAAUGUGGUGAAGUUGGUGGAGGUCCUGGAUGACCCAAAUGAGGACCAUCUGUACAUGGUGUUUGAACUGGUCAAUCAGGGGCCUGUAAUGGAAGUGCCCACAGUCAAGCCACUGACUGAGGACCAGGCCCGAUUCUACUUCCAAGAUCUGAUCAAAGGCAUCGAAUAUUUGCACUACCAGAAGAUCAUCCACCGAGACAUCAAGCCAUCCAACCUCCUGGUCGGAGAGGACGGACACAUCAAGAUCGCUGACUUUGGUGUGAGCAAUGAAUUCAAGGGCACCGAUGCCCUCCUCACCAACACUGUGGGCACGCCUGCCUUCAUGGCUCCUGAAACGCUGUCUGAGACACGGAAGAUCUUCUCCGGGAAGGCUCUGGACGUGUGGGCCAUGGGAGUGACCCUCUACUGCUUUGUCUUUGGCCAGUGUCCCUUUAUGGAUGAACGGAUCUUGUCUUUGCAUAGUAAGAUCAAAAGCCAGGCCCUGGAAUUCCCCGACCAGCCAGAUAUCGCUGACGAUCUGAAGGACCUGAUUGUGCGCAUGUUGGACAAGAACCCUGAGUCCAGGAUCAUCGUCCCAGAAAUCAAGCUACACCCCUGGGUCACAAGGCACGGGGCGGAGCCGCUGCCAACGGAGGAUGAGAACUGCACCUUGGUGGAGGUGACGGAAGAGGAGGUGGAGAACUCCGUCAAACACAUCCCCAGCCUGGCGACCGUGAUCCUUGUGAAGACGAUGAUCCGUAAACGGUCUUUUGGGAACCCUUUUGAGGGCAGUCGGCGGGAAGAACGGUCCUUGUCUGCCCCUGGAAACCUGCUCAUAAAAAAACAAACAGGGGGAUGUGAGCCCUUCCUGGAGUCCAAGGAAACGAGGCAGCGAAGACCUCCUCCGGUGCAGCGACCUGCCCCAUGUCGGGGAGGAGGAGGUGGUCUGGUGAGGACGGCCGCCCCCCGCCUGCCGGACGCCGGGCCCCGGCCGCUGCCCCCACCCGGAGAAGCGGCGAUGGAGACCGAGUAAGGUCGGCGGGCCCGUCCCGGACCGGCCUGCGCCUCCCCGCGGGCCCGGCUCCAACUCCCGCUGUCUGCGCAGCCGCAUGCCCGCCCGAAACCCACCGCUUGUGUAAAGCCCUGCCCUUCCUCUCGGGCUCUCUCUUUACGUUGUCGUUUUAAGGGGUGGGGGGCGGGGGGAGGAGCACCAUCUACUCCGGGACUCGGGACGCCGGCCGGGGCAGGAGGGCCCAGAGAGGAACCGCAGGCUCCCCAGUCUGACCCCGUCGGGGGGGAGACUCCGGAGGAAAACGCUUCGACGCCCGUUGUGGCAAGUGGGCGGGGCCGCGCCGGGUGUCAAGGCUGAGGCGGGCCCCAGGGACCCCCUCUCCCCCUAGAAACCUCGCCCCCUCUCGUCCCCACCUCGCCUCCCCAAAGGGCUCCGGCCUCCGGGCUUUGGAGGAAGACUCCUCCAUCCCCAGGACUCGGUUUGCCUUCCUCUCUCCCUGGUGAAGGCUGUCCCCCAUUUUGGGGAGGAACCCCUACAACUUGGACGUCAUACCUUAGGAAAAACAACUUCCUGAAAGGGCUCCAUGUUCAAGGACUGUGGCUUGAUUGGGGGAGGGGGAACGGCAGCAGCGGGGGUGGGGCGUGACCCCCGGAGGGGAGGGGGGGCGCAAUCCAUUGCUUUUCAUCAGCUUUCAAAAGACCGUGGGGAGAGCGCGUUUCCGAAAUCGAUUCGUGAGCUAGUAGGUUUAUUACUGUUAACUUUCAAAUUCAGGGUGAAAUCCUCCGCUUCCAUGUACAUUACAUGGCUUGCGGUUUUUAAUUACGUGACUAGGUUAGAACUUAGUGUUCAGAAACGAUCUAGAAUCCGCGUAGUGGUUUUCAAAAAAGGGCUCUCUCUAGAGCUUCCCACAGGGGAUGGGGCUCUUUGAGGUGCUGGGCGGGCCGCUGGGUCUCCAGCAUCUUCGCUUGUAUACUGGGAAAGCCUCUCAUGUCUUGUUUGCACCUCCUGUACUAGCUGGCCGUGUAGCUGGGGGGCUGUCCCAGCUCACUUCCGGGGCUGAGAGGGAGGUUUCCUUCCAGCGGCGGCGUGAAGCCUGCUGGGAAACUCCCCUUCUGGCCUGUUCCUGGAGGAGACUGUACCUCCCGGGAACAGUCCCCAGGUGCCGGGUGAGACGGGUCUCCUCUGUCCUGAUGAGACGUUCUUCCUGGUGGUGGGAAAUCGAGAUCAUUUCCUUUUUUUCUUCCCACCAAGAGCAUGACUAUGCAUUCUUUUUUUAACUUGGAAUCUGCUUCCUGCCAGGAACACUGGUGGGCCCCGGGCGAAGCCCCGAGGGAAGGGGAGUUAGUAAGGUUCCACCUUUGUUUCUUGGCUUCAAAGCACACCUUUCUUAUACAUUUUCAGAGUUGGAUUGGGUGGAAUUGUUCAGGUGCCCGCACCGCUUUCUUGGGGCUACUUUUCACUCUAGUCUGAACGGCGCAAUAGCCACAGAGACAGGCCGGGCCUGGUGCCCUGCUCCUCUCCUGGCCCUCCCCAAGAGGUCUGGGCUCCAUCCCUUUUCCCUUGAAUAGUGCUUCGGCAGACUCUCUGGAUGUCAGGAAAGCCAAGGGCUGAGUCAUUCUGUGCCAUUCUGACAUCCGAUCAUUAAUUCUUUCUCCUGAUGGUCCUCGACUACAGAACAUUUCCUUCUCCAGCACAUUUAAAAAUUGAUGAUAAAUCCCUGCACAAAUCUAUAGAUCCACCCCCUGUUGUUGGUAAAGGGGUAGCACCUUUUGGAAGUGGUGAGUGUGAACCUUCGUCUUUGUCCCAGCUCGUGUGAGGUGGCCAAGCUGCACCUAGCCAUUGUGGCGACUCUCCCUCGUGUUUGCACAACUGCACCGGGCAGUGCCAUGGAUUUUCAGUUUUAGGGGUUUGGGUCUCGCUGCGGUUUCUGAUGUCUGUGCUGCGGGUCAGCCAAAGAUCAGGGAUUUCAAGCAAAAAGGAAUCUGCGAGGUCAUCCAGUCCAACUCCUUCCUCCUUACUUUACAGGGGAGGAAGCUGAGGCUAGAGACUGGGUGGAGAUCACACAGAUGGUAAACUGGCAAAGAGGCUGUGACUUAAGAGUCUUAAAUUGCUCUGGCCAGAUUAAUCCCACCCCAAUUGUUUUUCAUGGACACCAUAGGCAGGGGACACUCAAGGCUUACAACCUUCCUUUGGCACAAACUCUUUGGAAUUCAUGUCCUUAAAAAAAUUAAGCACAGUUAUUAAGGAAGAUAGAGUGAUCAUUAAGCACCUUGGGAUUUUUUUUUUUCAAAAGUCCAAUAAUGUUAAUGCAAGCGUGAAAGCAUGGAAGUCUCCUCCCCUCUGCUCCCCUCCCCCACAAAAGGCAGAUAAAGAGGGACCAAGGUUCAUAUUUUGUCCUGUAUGGUCUAUGAAAUAAUCUUGAACCAUCACCUCUCUGGACCUCAGUUCCCUCAUGUGUAAAUUUUUUUUUGGGGUGGGGAGAAUGCAAGGCCCCUUUCCAGUUCCUAAAUUGGUAACCCCAGAACCUAUUUUCAUCAUUUGCCAACCUUCUCUCUUUGAGGUCCCAGUUUGGUGGAGCUAGCUUAUGUGUGAAUGGGGGAGAUGGGUUGGGAGUUUGGAGGCGGGGGAGAAGGAACUUCCAGGUGAGCAUAAGAGACUAGACACUCUGGCCGUCUCAUGUGCCUCUUUUCUCUUACUCUCUUCAUUUUCCCUUGGAAUGGCAAUGUGUGGGCCAUGCAGAUCCCCAAUAUUAGCAUACAAGGUAUAACUCUCCCCUCCCUAGGUUAGGAUUACCCCUCUCUAAUUUUUUUUUGGCAGCAGUGGCUAGAUUUUCUUUAAAUGUUAGAAAGCUGUGAUCUUCACAGGUCUCCCGAAUUGCCAUGGGAAAAAAAAGGUUGCCUCUGGUUCCAUCUUCUCUAUGGUUUCCACUGAUUGUGACAGGUUUUGAGAGAUCGCCACUGCCUUUUUAAUUCUGUGGUCUAUUUAAUGCCCGAUGCUUGUGUUUAUUCCUAGUCCUUUUUACUAUGCAUUUUCCUUUUAUCAGGUGUACAAAGUUAAAUACUGUGUAUUUAUCACUUAAAUUACAUGAACUUAAGAGAAAAUGAAACUUUGGUGUUUUUCCACAGAUGUUGAAGCUUCUCUGUAAACUUGAAUAAACAGAUAGCAAAAUGGU